AUGAUCUGCCUAAAGGUAGUUCCUUGGGCACGUCUUCAUGUGGUUCCUCCUGCCGAUGCAGAGGUCAAAGGACAGCAACUCUCCAAGAUGAGUCCGUCUGCUACAGAGGGUGAUCCACUCCCUCAACUAGUGGCGAUCAGCAGCAGUAUAGAAGGGGUGCCAGUUCAAGGAGCUCAAAAGAAUCAUGGUGACUUCAGAUGCCAGCCUCUACGGAUGUGGGGCACAUUGUCAGGGUCAGCUGACACAGAGCAGAUGGAUGCAAAGGGAGGCAGCCCUUCACAAACAUGUUAUAUGUUUACUGAGCGACAGAGGAAUGAAACUUCCAUCACGGAAUUUAUACUCCUAGGAUUUGGGAAUCUUCAUGGUCUACAGAUCAUCCUCUUUAUGAUAUUCUUGGCUAUAUACAUAAUAACUUUAUCUGGUAACAUCCUCAUUUUGCUCGCUGUGUCAACUAAUCGAGGCCUCCACACUCCCAUGUAUUUUUUUCUAGGAAAUUUCUCCUUCCUUGAAAUCUGGUACACAACUUCUAUUAUACCAAAGAUGCUGAGAACACUCUUAACAAUGCAUGAAGCUAUCUCCUUCUCUGCUUGCGUUGCUCAAUUUUAUUUCUUUGGGUCUAUGGCAGUCAUUGAAUGUUACCUUUUGGCAGUGAUGUCAUAUGACCGUUACUUAGCAAUCUGCAAUCCGCUUCGUUAUACAACUAUCAUGAACAUCAAAAUCUGUUUUCAGAUGGCAGCUGGUUCCUGGAUAAGCGGAUUCCUGACUUCUAUAGCCCCCAUUGUACUCACUUUCAGUUUGCCAUUUUGUGCCUCCAAUGAAAUUGAUCAUUUCUUCUGUGAUUUAGCUCCUGUCACAAAGCUUUCCUGUUCUGACACUUAUGUUGCAGAGAUAACAACCUUCAUUUUAGCAUCAAUGGUAACUAUAGGCCCCUUUCUUCUCACAGUAGCUUCUUAUGUCAAUAUUAUUUCUACUAUUCUUAAAAUCCCCUCUGCCCAGGGGAAACAGAAAGCAUUCUCAACAUGUUCUUCUCAUCUCAUUGUAGUGACAUUAUUUUAUGGUACUCUAGGUACCAUUUAUGCAGCCCCUUCAGCCAAACAGUCUCCGGUUCUCAAUAAACUCUUCUCUUUGCUAUACACUGUGAUUACCCCCAUGAUGAACCCCAUGAUUUACAGUCUGAGGAAUAAAGAUGUCAAAGAAGCUCUGAGGAAGCUUAUCUGUAAAAACUCCUAUUGUACCUGUGUCAAUAACACAGUGGAUCAAGAAACAAUGUUUAAGGAAAUACCAAUGGAAGUUGAGAAAAGCUGA